AUGAGUGCGUGGGAACAGAUACUGGAGAUUUCUUAUGGGCCGAUGACGCAAUCGCUUCGCUUGCGGUUACGGUCUUUCGACGGUCGGCCAUCCGACGGAGGAACCGCCUUCCUCUGCGUAUCUUCGCUCACCGGACGUCGGCACAAUGCCGCGCUGACUGAGCUUUCGCAGCCGCGGGGGAUUACGCCGCCUUCUCAGUUCGCGCCGAAUGGAUUACCAGGGAUGGGUAGCGCGCCCGACUUCCCCGCGGCGCAACUGCCGGAAAAUUCAGCGGCGCACGCGUGGGCGCAGGGCCGCCCGCAGACCAGUUCGCUCGCUAUAUGGGAUCGAUUUUCCGCCCUAAGAGACCGAACCUCCGCUCUAGAGUUCGAUCUUGCAAACGAAGCGAUCCGCUGCCAC